AUGGCGAACGAAGGAAGUAAUACUGAGACCUUAGCUCCCCCAGAGCCACAUCUGUUCGAGAACCGGCACGUUGAUGCUAGCCAACACCAUCCAAGUGCCUAUGCUCCCACUACAACUGGGUCUGAAGCUGCAUCAUGGACUGUUCACAGCUCUACAGGAAAUGGAAUCUAUUCUAAUCCAACCUACCAGUAUGAUCAACAUCCACAGCAGCCUGCAAGAAGCAUUCAAGAUGGACAAAAUGUAUCAUCAGUUGCUGGUAAUUCAUCAAAUUUGGGAACAGCUAAUGUUACCCAAGAUUACAAUGCAUACGCAUCAUACCCAAGUUCUUCUAAUCCAUAUGGUUAUGGCAGCAUGGGAUACUCGGGCUACUAUAACAACUAUCAGCAGCAACCUAAUCAUACCUAUUCACAGCCUGUAGGAGCAUAUCAAAACUCAGGUGCUCCUUAUCAGCCUAUUUCCUCCUUUCAGAAUACUGGGUCUUAUGCUGGAUCCGCAAGUUAUUCAAGCACUUAUUACAAUCCUGCUGAUUAUCAGACUACUGGAGGUUACCAAAACAGCAGCGGAUAUGGAAAUCAAGCGACCGUGUGGAACAAUGGCACUUACUCUUCUCAUCCAUAUACUAAUUACACCCCAGAUUCCAGUGGUUCUUAUAGUUCUGGUACUGCCACUACUUCAAUGCCAUAUCAGCAACAAUACAAACAGUGGGCAGACUACUACAACCAAACAGAGGUCAGCUGUGCACCAGGGACAGAGAACUUAUCUGUCACAGGUUCAUCUGCUUUGGGUUGCCCUAUUCCUGCAGUUACUAGUAGUUAUGCGACUCCAAAUACCCAGCCUCCACAAUCAUAUCCACCAUUUUGGAGGCAAGAGUCCAGCUCUUCCACCAUACCUUCUUUUCAGCCUGCUGCAAUUAAUAGUGGUGAUCACGAUGGUUACUGGAAACAUGGGCCCCAAAGUUCUCAGAUACAACAAACUAAUCCUAUUCAACCAAACUAUCAAAGUCCUUUAGAUUUAAAAUCUUCUUAUGAUACAUUUCAGGAUCAACAGAAGACUGUGUCUUCACAAGGAACCAAUUUGUACCUUCCUCCUCCUCCUCCGCUGCCUCUUCCCUCUCAACAGGUGAAUCUGGCACCUGUACAAAGUGCUCCAUCUCCGGAUGCAAAACGGGUAAGCAAACUUCAAAUUCCUACAAAUCCACGAAUUGCUUCAAAUUUGACAUUUGGACAGCCCAAAGUCGAAAAAGAUAGCUCUACAAUCAGUUCAGCACCAAAACCUGCGUAUAUUGCUGUUUCAUUACCGAAGCCAACUGAGAAAGUAUCAUCUAAUGAUGCUGCUAAUUCUAUACUUAAGCCUGGUAUGUUUCCCAAGUCGUUACGUGGCUAUGUUGAAAGAGCUUUGGCUCGGUGUAAAGAUGAUAACCAAAUGGCUGCAUGUCAGGCUGUCAUGAAGGAGAUGAUCACUAAGGCAACAGCUGAUGGUACUCUCAACACAAGAAAUUGGGAUAUGGAACCACUUUUCCCAAUGCCAGAUGCAGAUGUGAUAAAUAAAGAUAGUUCACUCUCAUCAGCCCAGGAUUCUUUAUUGCCAAAGUAUAAAAAAAGUCCUAGACGAUCUAAAAGUAGGUGGGAGCCAAUGCCAGAGGAGAAGCCAGUUGACAAUCCAGUGUUAAUCAAUAAUGAAACUGUAAAAUACAGUAGUUGGGUACCCAAUGCAAAGGACAGAAAGGUGGCGGUGGAAAACAAAGAAAGCAAGGAGGACGGGUUGAGGAAUACUAAAUUUUCUCCAUUACUGCAUAGAAUGUCUAGUAAGGCUCUUCAAAGGCCAUUUAAGAAGCAGCGUCUUACAGAUGCUUCUAUUGUUUCUGAAAAUGGUGAUGCAUCUAGUGAUAGUGAUAAGGAACAAAGUUUGACGGCAUAUUAUUCUGCUGCAAUGGCUUUUAGUGAUUCACCAGAGGAAAGGAAGAGACGAGAAAAUCGUUCCAAGAGAUUUGAUUUACAAGGGCAUCGAACAGAAAAUAAUAACUCAAGGAAAAAGCAUGCUGGAGCUGGAAACUUGUAUAAUAGAAGGGCUGGUGCCUUGGUUUUAAGCAAAAGCUUUGAGGAUGGUGCCAGCAAAGCUGUUGAGGAUAUUGACUGGGAUGCUCUAACUGUGAAGGGUACUUGCCAGGAAAUUGAAAAGCGUUACCUGCGCCUAACUUCUGCACCUGAUCCUGCCACUGUAAGACCUGAAGAGGUUCUUGAGAAAGCGCUAUUGAUGGUUCAGAAUUCUCAGAAGAAUUACCUUUAUAAAUGUGACCAGUUAAAGUCCAUUCGCCAAGACCUAACUGUUCAACGAAUACGCAAUCAAUUAACAGUCAAGGUGUAUGAAACACAUGCCCGACUGGCAGUGGAAUUUGGGGACCUGCCAGAAUAUAAUCAGUGCCAAUCUCAGUUAAAAACUCUUUAUGCUGAAGGCAUUGAGGGGUCCGAUAUGGAAUUUGCUGCUUACAACUUGCUUUGUGUUAUAAUGCAUUCAAACAAUAACAGAGAUCUCGUUUCAUCAAUGGCAAGGUUAUCUUGCGAAGCAAAAAAGGAUGAAGCUGUAAAGCAUGCCUUAGCUGUUCGUGGUGCUGUAACUUCAGGAAAUUAUGUUGCAUUCUUUAGACUGUACAAAGCAGCUCCUAACUUAAACACCUGCCUUAUGGAUCUCUAUGUUGAAAAGAUGCGUUAUAAGGCUGUGAACUGCAUGUGCCGGUCAUAUCGGCCAACUCUACCUGUCUCGUACAUUUCUCAGGUUCUUGGGUUUUCAACUGGGGUUGGAGUAAGUGAUGAAAGAGAUACAGAUGCUUUGGAAGAGUGUUCGGAAUGGUUGAAAGCACACGGUGCCAACAUAAUUACUGAUAAUAACGGAGAUAUGCUACUUGAUACAAAAGUUUCAGCAUCUACUCUGUGUAUGCCAGAGCCAGAGGAUGCUGUUGCGCACGGAGAUGCCAAUCUUGCUGUUAAUGAUUUUUUAGCACGAGCACCUUUGUAG